UCGUCUUAGUUUCAUAAAUGGUUUAAAGAACAAGUAAUAAAAGAUGAUGUUCUAUGUAAUAAAAGAUGAUGUUCCCCCUCUGAAUUGGUAUAUGACAUUAUUUAUUUUAUUUAGUUAAACUUGAACAAGAUCUUUCUCUAUAUAUAUUGCUAGUUUUCUCUUAUCUUUUAAGCUAUCUUCAUACACAAGAAAGAACAAGAAAAUGAAAAAUUUCAUCAGAUUCUCUGCUUUUUUGUUUUACUUCUUGUUGGUCUCUCUAUUAUCUCACCAAACCAUGUCCCAACCUCAACACAUACACACUUUCUGCGACAAUUUAUCCGAAACCUUUUCACAAACCAGCCAAUACAAAUCAAACCGUGAAACCCUCCUAUCAUCUCUCCGCGACCGUUCCCCUCUAGGAACCUAUUACAACGCCACGGUCGGUCUUAGUCCCGACACAGUUCAUGGCAUGUUCCUCUGUAGAGGAGACAUCACCAAACAAUCUUGUUCGAACUGUGUGAAGACUGCAACCCUAGAAAUCACUAAAAAUAACUGCACUUAUAUAAAAGAUGCUAUAAUAUUCUAUCAGGAGUGCAUGGUUCGAUACUCCAAUGUUUCCUUCUUACGUAUCGUCGAAAAUGGACCUUGGGCCGCUAUGUACUCUAACGUUUCUUUUCCUGAUUCCUUUUUGUUUCCCUUCCGGGAAACUCUAUCAGAUAAGGUAGAGAAGCUAAUUAUCCUCACAGCAUCAAAGUCUUCUUUGUCUUCUUUGACGCCGUAUUACGUUAGGGACAGAAACAAAGUGAAUGAAUUUGAUAGAUCGUAUACAUUAGACACAAUGGUUCAGUGUAGUCCUGAUCUUGAUCCAGCAAAUUGCAGCGUCUGCUUAAGACUUGCGGUCCAAGGAGUCUCAAGCUGUUGCAAUAAUGCUCGUAUAGCGCAGUUCUUUCUUCCUAAAUGUUUUUUGAAGUAUGACACAAUCGGUUUGCCAACAACUCAGUCACCCAGCGGCUCAUUCUCUGUCCAUGCUAAGAAAGGUGAGCAAGCAUAAUACUGGGGCCUAGAUUAUUUUUAAUUCGUCCAUAUUAGUGUUUGCCAUUGCUUUAUAUGCUGAAAUAGUGUAUUUAGAUUUUAGAUAGAAAUCACUAUAUUUUCUUCUUUUAGAAAUGGCAUAGUUUAUUUUGAUUUUGUUUUUCAUAAUAAAAUACAACUAUCAGGAAGAUAAUAGAAUAAGCACCUAAAACCCAAAUAUUAAUAUGUUUAUUUUGUAUUACAGGAAACGAAAUAUAUGUGAGGAUAUUUAUUACAGCCAUGGCAACUUCGUUGUUAACACUUGUGGGUCUAUGAUCCAAUCCAAUGAUUAUGAAGUUUCGUCAAUAUUUGUUUUCCACUAAUUUAUGUGACGUGUGAUGUGCUAUUGUCUUUAAAAUUAAGAAGUAACAUACUUGUAUUCUAAGUUAUCUCAAAAAGUUUGACAUUUGAUACUCUUACUAAGUAGUAUCCUCAUACUUUUCUCUGCAUCAAUUUGCCUUCUUAAUUGUAAAACUGAGUCUUCCAGAACAAGUCUAUGUUGUGCUUCAGCAACAAAAGCGUCAACUUCACAGUUUUCAUAGUUUCAUCUGGUUUAAAUAAUGAAGAAACAAUAAAGAUUAACAUAUAUUUAUACAAGAAUAUGACCUCAAGAAUCACCUGAAAGUAAUAGGAUAAGAUAACUUGGCUAGUCAAAGGUAAUGCAGCUUUUUAUAAAUCUCUCUGCCUCUUCCUCUCAUAUUUCAUAAACAUGAAAAAUCAAGUAAUGGCAAAAAUGAUCACUCUCUCUAAUCUCUUAUCUUCUGUACAAACCAAACCAUACCCCGAUGUGGCGACAUCCACAUGCGCACGUUAAACAUAUAUUAGAUACAAGGGCUUGGCAUUUUCCAGAAAAGCUCUUAUUUUUUCUCUUUAAAUUACUUGGAUUGAUAACGUAAAGCAAGACAAAGAUUACCAGUAGGUGUGAUUACAAUAACAGCCAGCAGGCUACUUAACAGAGACUGAAAUAACCAGAUAAGAGUUUGCUUCAUGCAAAAUUAUCUUGUGGAGCCCGAUCUCUCGAUGAUCGUGAUCAGUUUUUAGUAUGCGCAUUACUUCACAACACUCUUCUUCCGUCUUCCCAUGUUAAAUUAAAUAUACUCCUCCACGGAAGUUUCUUGCAAAGCUCUGUUACUCUGCCUAAAAGCAUUUCUUUAAAAGAUUUCGAGAGCUUCCUCAUCAU